AUGGCCCGCAAGCUACGAGCAGCUGCUCAGGCAGCGGCGCAAUCGUUGAGGAGUGUCCCCCCACCUCUUCCUGAUGCCUCCGAUGAGGAAAUGGCGGAGGCGCCGGCCUCACACGCAUCCUCCCCAGUAGCAGAAGAUCCGGGUGACGCGUCAGUAAAGGAACACCAUGACGCUGAAGCACAACCCGAACCCGCCCAGGAAGUGGAGACCGCAGCAACACCCACACAAGAUUCGAACCCCCCGUCGCGGGCAGUUACACCCACACGCACAGGUGGUCGCGUGUCCGCGAUCCCGCGAAAACGGCGUAUAGGUCGACCUCCGAAGAAUCGCCCGCCAGACUGGGACGCGCCCGACGAGGGCGCACCUCAGACUCCGAUCCAUGUGAGCACGCCGGUCAAGAGGAGGCGUGGACGUCCGGCUGCCAGUGGUGGAAGAUGGGCGCGAAACCGGGGACCGUCGCACAUCACUCAGGUGCCCAUUGACAAGGAAGGAAAUAUGAUGGACGUUAUCGAUGACGAAGUGGCCUUGCCGGACGACCCGGAAGGUGAGACAAAGGUAGACAAAAACGGAGUUCUGAAGGGUGAUCGAGAGUACCGGGUUCGCACAUUUACAAUCCUCAACAGAGGCGACCGGCAUUACAUGCUGUCCACCGAACCAGCUCGCUGUAUUGGAUUCAGGGAUUCGUAUUUAUUCUUCCAGAAGCACAAACUCCUGUACAAGAUCAUCAUUGACGAUGAAGCCAAACGCGAUCUCAUUGAGAGAGAAGUCAUCCCUCAUUCCUACAAGGGCCGAGCUAUCGGUGUCGUAACGGCUCGAUCGGUGUUCCGAGAGUUUGGUGCCAAAAUUAUUGUUGGCGGAAGAAAAGUGGUUGAUGACUAUCAUGCCCAGGCAGCCAGGGAACGCGGGGAUGUCGAGGGUGAACUGGCCGUCCCUGAGGACAAACUCCCUGCACCAGGAGAACCGUAUAACAAGAAUCAAUAUGUGGCAUGGCACGGAGCGAGCAGUGUCUAUCACACCAGCGCACCUUCCGUACCUCUACCUACAGGGAAGGCUGUUGAUUCCAAGAAGCGAAAGGUCACUGUCACUGGUGAUAACUGGAUGCUCGAGCAUGCGCGUGAGGCCAGUAAUUACAAUUCCUUGAUUCUGAAUGCACGUCGCGCGAACUUGGACGGAUACUAUGAUAUCCACACCAAUGCCAUGCAGUAUCCGAAAAUCAUGCAGCCCUCUCAUGCCCGUUGGGAGCGUCUGCCCCCUCCUGAUCCGCGAGUCGCAGCUAAACUAACCAAGGAAAUGUCGACGCUCAGCCUGACGAAUGGCAGUAUUGAAAAGGAACCGACGACCGGAGAUUCGACUGCCCCCGACGAAUCGCAUGAAAAGAGCGAGGAGGAAGCCGGAAAUGAAUCAAUUUUCUCGACGACCCCAGCUGCGUUCUCACGCCGCUUUGCCAUUCACGAUGUCCACUACGAGACUCCACCACACUCCAAUAUGGGUAUUCCUGGACCAGAUGGCGGCGUGCAUGACCUUGGUAUGAAUGGCUUUGUCAGUAUCGCCGAUCCGUCUAAUCCUGAGUUCGUGAGCUCCGAGAUCCUGGAGGAGCUGCCUCCUGAGUGCAAGGAAGCACUCGUCGAGGCCGCUGCGCAUGAGUGGGAAUGGAAGACCAAGUGGUGCAGCGAGGCGACCGAUGGGGCUCGGACAGCUCCGCUGAAGAGCUAUACAUGGUUUCCAUAG